CGUGAAUAUUGAGAUGUAUUUUCAUCAUUUAGGUAUAAUUUGUGUAGAUAACACUAAUUACUUAUUAAUAUUUUUAGCAUAAAAAAAUUUAUCAGUAAAAUUCACAUAUAAACAAGCGGCAUCCAUGAAUUCAUUUAAUCUUCAAUAAUUGAUUUUGAACAAAAAUAUUAUGCUCAAGUGUGUGCUUUUAAUAGCAUCUUUAGUGACAAGCUCGCUUGCUGUCAAAAAAAUUCCGGACCACUUCCUACUCGGCACUGGAACCUCAGCUUUCCAAGUUGAGGGCGCAUGGAAUGAAGGUGGUAAAGGACCGAGCUUAUGGGAUACCUAUCUACACAACCAAAAUGCAACUGAAAAUGGUGACGUCGCCUGUGAUUCUUAUCAUAAAUGGCAAGAGGAUGUUGCAAAUGCUAAAGCUCUUGGACUAGAUUUUUACAGAUUCUCAAUUUCCUGGCCUCGUAUCCUUCCGAAUGGUACUCUAAAUAACAUUAACCAAGAGGGCAUCGACUAUUACCUAAAUUUAAUUCAAGCAUUAAAAGCAGAAAACAUCGAACCGAUGGUAACCAUUUACCAUUGGGACAUGCCCCAACAUAUUUACGAGCUGGGAGGUUUCCUCAAUCCGCAAUUUGUUGAUUAUUUUGAGGACUUUUCUAGAUUGGUGUAUAAAUUAUAUGGAUCCUACAUUAAAUAUUGGUUGACCUUCAACGAACCAUCUUUGAUAUGUCAAGGAGGCUAUGGUAUGGGCAUUAUGGCUCCAGGUUUAUUAUUGAACGGAGAUGGAAUCUACCAAUGUGGCUACGUUCUCUUAAAAGCCCAUGCCAGAGCUUACAGAGUAUACGACGAAGAAUUUAGAGCACAAUAUAAUGGUCAAGUCGGUUUGGUAGUCAAUUUUCAAUGGGCAGAGCCUGCGAGUAAUAGCACUCUAGAUCUAGAAGCUCAAGAGAGAUAUACAGAAUUUGAACUUGGUUUCUGGGUAAAUCCAAUUUAUCUUGGAAACUGGCCCCAGGUAAUGAUAGACAGAAUUUCCAAUAGAAGCAAACUUGAAGGUUUAUCCAGAUCACGUUUGCCAUCAUUCACUCAGGAAGAAAUCGAAUAUAUUAAUGGAACACAUGAUUUCUUCGCUAUCAACACUUAUGGCGUAUAUCAGGUAAAGUAUGCUCCUGAACCUGCCAUUAGCUACCCUUCCUACACUUUCGACUUAGGAGUAGAUAUAGUCAAUGAUACAACUUACUACAAUCCUAAGGGAGUGAGGGACAUGGUUAACUACAUAAGUCAAAAAUACCAGCCCAAUGGUAUCAUAAUAACCGAAAAUGGAAAACCGAGUGAAGACACUCUAGAAGAUAUGGAUAGAAUUAACUUGAUAAGAGACUAUUUGGGUAACCUAAUAGAUGCUCUGGUAGAAGAUAAAGUCAACGUUUUUGGUUAUUCCAUUUGGUCUUUAAUGGACAAUUUUGAAUGGGGAUCAUAUAAAAGUAAAUUCGGUAUUAUCCGAGUCGACUUUGAUAGUCCGAACAGAACUAGGACCUGGAAGGAAUCAGCCAAGUGGUACCAAAACGUUAUUGCUACGAGAAUUUUAGAUGAUGCCUGAUUUUGUAAAAUAAUUUUUUAGUAAAGUGAAUAGUAAAUUUAUUUAUUUUUUUUGCUUCCGCAAUUUAAAGAUUUGUUGAAGAGCAUCACAAAUCUUUAAGGAACACUUUUCAUUUCUUUGUAAAAUAAAAAGUUUUCUGCAACUUUCUUCAUGGUGA